GCUCCUUCAGGUAUACAGGACCGAGGCCAGAGUUGUCCCUUUAUGAACGGAACCCCCACCCCCGGGACUCUGGAACCGGUUGCCCUGGCGGCAGCUUAGAACCCCGACCCAAAGAACCAAAAGGGUUCUGGAACGUGUUCUGCCAGCCACGCCUACAGCUUUCCUGGUGGGCCCACCAAUGGCCCUUUCUAAAGCGUUCUCCGCUCCGAGGGCUCUGGGACCUGCCUCUCGGUUGCCCGCGACUCUGGCUCUCCUCCUCCUCCUCCUCGCCAGUGAGAGCCCCGAGACGGAGGGGUGCAUCCACUGCGGACUCCAUUCCAAGAACCUGAAGACCCGCUUUGCCCACCUCUGUGCCCAAUACCGAGAGCGUUACAGCCAGGCAAACUGUACCAGUUAUCCCUGGGGUAGAGAGUCCUCCCUGGGCUUGGCCUUAGAUGACAUGUCCUUGGAUCUGUUGCUGGAAAAAACGCACCGAGUCUUCCGGGUUAUAGAAAUAAACCAGAGCCUCGCUGACUUCCCAAAGUUUUGGAACUGGCUUCAUGAAGUUAAGAUACCAGAGCAGAGCAGAGAAGCGCUGUGCCCUCCGGCUUGCCAGGGAUCAGCCUUGGUGUGGAACUGUACCACUUGCCGGAGAGUUGAGCUGCGCUGCUGGGAUAUGAAGACCUGUUACCCAGAGGGCGGAGGUCUGGAAAAAAUCACCUGGUUAAUCUGCUCCAUCUCUGCUUCCUGCCUUUUCCUGGGCAUCGUCUCUUGCGCUCUUGAGUUUUGGCUCCGCGCGAACACGAGAGAAGAGGAGGGGCCGGGUUAGGAAAGGGGAGCAAAAUGCUUGCAGGCCCCUCCAUAAUCUCCUCCUUUGCACAUGAAGGGGGGGGCGCUGUAUAAGAGUCAAAAUACGUGAGGCACGAGCUGGAAGAAGCGAUGCUGGCGACACCCAACAUCGUGCAAGCAAUGUUCAGGACACAAAGGUCUUGGCUGUGACUGCGUCCCAUAAGCACAUGUGCAAAAUAACUGCACUUUUUAAAAAAAUGCACAGAUCCGCAUGUAAUUCCAAAAAACCAUUUUUAUUCAGUUAUAUAUAGGGGAAAAAGCACAUAUUGAGAUGCAAACAGGAACACUAGAAAGCACCGAUAAUUCCCCCCUCUCCACUGGUAUAACUCCCGAGGUGCAAAAUUAUCCCAUGUUAUGAAAUGUAGAUUUAUUUAUAUUCCAGGUCAAUCAGCCACAAAGGCACUACUAGGCUGAUUAAAAAGCUC